GACAAGAGCGCGCUGUCGUAGCGAGCUGCGCGACUCCCACGUAGCUGAUGGGGCGUUAGGUCUGGUCCCGAGCAGCCCCCCGUUUUUCUUCUAUUUCUCAGAAAAUGGAGAAGAGAACGCGAUGGCUCGUGCGUCUCCUCGUGCGCGCUGCGACGCUUCUCCUCUGCGCUCUCCCGUGGCUGCACGCGUCAGGCAACCUGCCCCUGUGUCAAGAGACAGACUACUACUUUGAGUACACAGAGUGUGACAGCACCAGCUCACGUUGGAGGGUGGCCAUACCUCACAGACAGGCCAGCUGCAGGGGACUGCCUGAGCCAGUCAGAGGAACUGACUGCACAUUCUCCUGUGAAACAGGAGAGUUUUUGGAGAUGUCCUCUCAGCAGUGCACGGCUUGUGCCGCUGGAUCCUACUCUCUUGGCAGCGGCGUCCGCUUUGACCAAUGGGACUCCAUCCCCACUGGGUUCAGCAGUCUGGCCACAUACAUGGAGCCCGAGGGAGCCGGAGAUGAGAGUCUCUCCUGCAAUAAUUCGUCUUGGACACCGCAGGGCACUCACUUGGAGUCUAAUCGGGAUGAGUGCACGGUUUCACUUGUCUAUGCAGUCCACUUGAUGAAACAGGGCUCUGUCUCCUUCGACUACCAAUAUGUCGACAACAACGUCUUCUUUGAGUUCUUUAUUCAGAAUGACCAGUGCCAGGAAAUGGACCAGACGGCAGACCAGAAGUGGAUCAAGCUCACAUCUAAUGGUGAAUGGGGAACGCAUACGGUGAAUCUGAAGUCGGGCACUAAUAUCCUGUACUGGAGGACCACAGGUAUACUACUGGGAGGCAAACCAGUGAAGCCUGUGCUGCUGAAAAACAUUCAGAUCGAAGGUGUGGCAUACACGUCUGAGUGUUUCCCUUGCAGACCUGGAACCUUCAGUAAAACUCCAGGCUCCUCCUCCUGUGAUCUCUGCCCAAGGAACACCUACUCGGGCAAAGGAGCUAGCUCAUGCACCCCCUGCCCAGAGACAAAGUACUCCGAGGAAGGCUGGUCAGAGUGUAAGGACAGGCCUCUGUGCUCAGACAAAGAUUACUUUCAGAUUCACACGGCCUGUGACAGCAGUGGCAAAACUCAGGUGUUGUAUCGGUGGGUGGAACCAAAGGUGUGUGUGGAAGACGGCGUCACCGGAGCGGUAACACUGCCCCCGUCAGGAGAGAAGGAGGACUGCCCCCCCUGUAACCCAGGCUUCUACACACACAGCUCGUCCACCUGUUUGCCCUGCCCACCUGGGACGUACUCCAACGGCACCACAGAGUGUCAGGUGUGUCCUGGAGGAACAGAGCCAUCGCUGGCUUACGAGUACAAGUGGUGGAAUGUUUUACCCCGCAACAUCAAGACAUCCUGCUUCAACGUGGCCAACUCCAAGUGUGAUGACAUGAAUGGUUGGGACGUAGCCGGGGACCACAUCCGCAGUGGAGUCGGAGGCUCUGACAAUGACUAUCUCAUCCUGACUCUAAGAGUGUCCGGGUUUAAGCUUCCCACCUCCCUGGCGGGGGUGACAGCCGGAGAGUUUGGACGGAUCACGUUCAUCUUCGAGACCAUCUGCAGUGCAGACUGCGAACUCUACUUUAUGAUGGACGUGAACAGGAAGAGCACAAAUGUGGUGGAGUCAUGGGAGGGCACCAAAAGCAGACGAGCGUACACACACAUCAUGACGAAGAACGCGUCCGUGUCUUAUACCUGGGCUUUCCAACGCACCAGCAAGCCUUCGGAUGUUCGUCGCUAUGUUAAUGACAUCGUAAAGAUCUACUCCAUCACGGUCACCAACGCCAUAGAUGGUACAGCUUCAUCCUGCCACGCCUGCGCCCUGGUGAGUCAGGAGGGCGGGUCAUCCUGCGUGCCAUGUCCCCCCGGCCACUUCAUAGACAAGGACACCAAGCAGUGCCAGGAGUGCCCACCUGACACUUUCCUGUCCGGUCACCACAUCUACAGCCAGGAGGCCUGCCAACCGUGUGGGCCCGGCAGCAGGAGCAAUAAGGAACACACUGCCUGUUUCAGCGAUUGUUCCUUCUCCCAUACGGACCAGAACCGAACUCUGACCUAUGAUCUCAGUGCCUUGAGUGCAGUGGGAUCCAUCAUGAAUGGACCAAGUUUCACCUCGAAGGGAACCAAAUAUUACCACCAGUUCAACAUCAGUCUGUGUGGAGCUGAGGGGAGGAAGGUGGCCGUGUGCACGGACAACGUCACAGAUUUGUCCACCAAGGACCUGAGGAGCGAGUCGGCUAGCCUCAGCAAUUACGUGGAGUCUUUCGUCUGCCAAUCAACCAUCAUCCCAGCUGAUGGGCGGGGCUUCAGGAUGGCCCUUUCGUCCCAGUCCAUUAGCCUGGCUGAUACCUUCCUUGGAGCCACGGUGGACACUGCUCUGAAUGGAGUGAACGUUAGAGCCGACCUCUUCCCUGAAACCUCCGAGAGUGUUCCAGACAUCCACUUCUUUUAUCGCUCUCCACAGGUGACGUCUUGCUGUGAACGGGGGCGUACUGCGGUCAUCACACUGCGCUGCAGUCUUGAGAAAGGAGAGCGUGGAGACCUCACCGUAUCAAGUAAGUGUCCGGCAGGCACGUGUGAUGGCUGUGCGUUUUACUUCUUGUGGGAGAGUUCCAGCGCGUGUCCCAUUUGCACAGACGCAGACUACCACGCCAUCGAGGGUGCAUGCAAGGGAGGCACGCAGGACACCCUGUAUGUGUGGAACGAGCCAAAGCUUUGCACUGAAGGGGUGUCGCUCCCUGAGAAGAGCUCCGCCCCCUGUGAAGCAGUUCCCCUAUGGCUGAAGGUUGGAAUAGGGGGCGGAGCAUUCAUGGCUGUCCUUCUCAUUUCUCUCACAUGUUACUUCUGGAAGAAAAACAAGAGGCUGGAGUACAAGUACUCCCGCCUCGUGAUGUCGGCCAAUAAGGAAUGCGAAUUGCCAGCAGCAGACAGUUGCGCGCUGGCGGAAGGAGAAGGAGAAGAGAACGAAGAUGAUGUCGUGUAUUCCAGCACUCCGUCACUACUGGGCAAACUGAAGGCCAUUGCCAGCAAGAAGCAGGUGGAAGGAGAGAACAGCGAGUCGGUCCAACUCAAGUCCUCUCAGGCAGAGAGAUGGGUGUGGGGAUAGCGGCCCGGCGUCCCUGCUGGAGACACCUGGCGCGGACAAAGGGGCAGGAACUCUCAGCUGCUUGCCUGAGCGUCGGACAUUUCCCAUGUCCGAACCAAUCCGAACACAUCUGGACAGUCCUCCACAACCUCAAGUUGACCUGUCCCUUUAGGUUUCACAUACGUGUACACUUCAAACGCAGGAAGAAGUCUUUGCCACGAACUCUGCUCCCAAUAUCAUGCUUCAGUUACUCUUUUUAUUUGCAUACACAAACAUGACAAAAUGUUACGCAUAUAGAUAUGAUUAAGCUCAUAUUAGCCAUCAAUCCCACAAACAAAAUUGCAAAGAGCUGAGUCUCAGAGAAACAUUAUCUGCCUCAAAGUUCAAACCAUUCAUUAGUAGUCUAAUGACUGUAAGGUUAUAAACAUUUGUGUGAUGAGCACUGUUUUCGCUUUUGCAUGGUGCGGUCAGACAAACCUGUGCAACAAUGUUCUUCCAACCCCACCACCACCACCACCACCCAGGUGACAAAUUCACAAAUGUCCCAAUUAAGGUUCAGUGCACUCUGCUCAGGAGUUGAAAGUAGAGCAGUUUGUCCACAGAGAACUGGGCUUCACUCAUUCAACACAACAGUUUUGUUCUUUUGUUGUCUUAGUCAGACAUGACCACAUCCAGCAUUUAGCCAAUAGAGGGAGGCAGAGUGAGCCCCACACACACACACACACACGGGAGCACAGUUGUCUCCCUCCCCUGUUACCAUAGAUGCUGUGGAGGAUAAGAACCAGUGCUGUUUUCUACUUUCUGUUUUGUAAUGUUGUGUAUUUUGGCCUGUAAAGAGCCCUUGUUGAAAUACGUCUAAUUGCUUUUUCUCUCUCUCUUCCCUAAUGCCAUUCAGCUAACGCUUUAAUAAACUUUGAGUGCUUUA